CCUGACGAUCGAGUCUGUUUGGGUUACCACAGUUCCACAUAUCCGUUAUACCUCCGACCCUUCCAGCUCGGGUUGAAAAUCAACAUGGCUGCCAUUGUGGGCAGAAGUUCAAGACAAGCUCUUUUACGAGCUAGAUCAAGUAUUUCUUGUCAAAAUGCAGGUUUUGUAACUUUUAAGAAUCAGAGUACAGGCAGAAAAAUUGCUUUAGCAGCUGCUGGAAUAGUAACCACAGGAGGUAUAGGAUUAGCAGUUGCUCUAAAUCAAUCUGUUCUGGCAGGUGAAUUAGAAUUGCACCCUCCAAAAUAUCCAUGGAAUCAUUCAGGCUAUUUGGAUGCAUUAGAUGUUACUAGUGUACGGCGAGGUUAUUUCGUUUACAAACAAGUAUGUGCAGCCUGUCAUAGUAUGAACUAUAUGUAUUAUCGUAAUUUAGUAGAUGCUUUCAUGACAGAAGAUGAGGCUAAGGCUGAAGCAGCAGAAGUUCAAGUAGUAGAUGGACCAGACGAGGAAGGUAAAAUGUUUGAAAGACCUGGUAAAUUAGCAGAUAAAUUCCCUAACCCGUAUGCUAACCCAGAAGCAGCGAGAGCUGCGAACAACGGUGCCCUACCUCCUGAUCUAACGUUUAUUGUUCCUGCUAGACACGGUGGAGAGGACUAUAUUUUCUCUCUGUUGACUGGUUACUGUGAUCCACCUGCAGGAAUAACUGUCAAAGAUGAUGUACAUUAUAACCCGUACUUCCCAGGAGGCACUAUAGGCAUGGCUCAGGCUCUUUAUAAUGAAAUUAUUGAAUAUGAAGAUGGUACUCCUGCCACUCAGAGUCAGUUAGCUAAAGAUGUUUCUACAUUUUUGAGGUGGACUAGUGAAAUUGAACAUGAUACAAGAAAGAAAACUGCUAUAAAGACCCUAUCUAUAUUAACUUUAUUGAUGGUAAUAACAUACUACUUCAAACGUCAUAGGUGGACAGUACUAAAGAGUAGAAAAUUAACAAGCCAGAAAUGAUAAGGACAGUGCUAUUAAUUAUUUAUGGAUGACAGAUAUCUCAACACCACAUUUUGUUUAAUAAAAUUGACAUGGAAAAAGAUCAAAGCUGUUAGUCUUGUAUAAAAAUCAACAUUGUUGUAUAUGUGUGUGAAGACUGUAGUGAGAGACUAUAUUGGUUUCAUGAAUAUUACCAUCAUUUUAUUAACUUAAUUCAAUAAAAGUUACUGGUUAUUAUAGAGAAAUUUAAAUGUUGUAUUAUUUCAACAAGUUACUGCAAGAUUUUUAGAUAGACAAACAUCAUUACUCAGAAAAAGAACAGUGGCAUUGUUUUAUGUUACAUCCACUUAAAUGUCAAACAUAAAUAUGAUGUCUUGUGUUCCCAUUUCUUAUAAGAAUUAAAAGUUUUAUUAUUUAA